UUCUCCAGGGCAAACCUUAUUCAGCUCUGAGCGAUGUAUGCAAGUGGGGCCAAGGAGCGGCCAAGGUGCUGAGCCAAAUAAAGAGGGAUAUAUCACCGAAAACCCAAGCCCAGGGAACCAAAGGACCUCAGAAGAAGCCUCAGCAGCCAUGUCGAAGCCCCAUAGUGAAGCCGGGACUGCCUUCAUUCAGACCCAGCAGCUGCACGCAGCCAUGGCUGACACGUUUCUGGAGCACAUGUGCCGCCUGGACAUUGACUCUCCACCCAUCACUGCUAGGAACACUGGCAUCAUUUGUACCAUUGGCCCAGCUUCCCGAUCAGUGGAAAUGUUGAAGGAGAUGAUUAAGUCUGGCAUGAACGUCGCUCGUCUAAACUUUUCUCACGGAACUCACGAGUACCAUGCAGAGACCAUCAAGAAUGUCCGUGCAGCCACAGAAAGCUUUGCUUCUGACCCCAUUCUCUAUCGGCCAGUUGCUGUGGCUCUGGACACUAAAGGACCUGAGAUCCGAACUGGGCUCAUCAAGGGCAGCGGCACUGCAGAGGUGGAGCUGAAGAAGGGAGCCACUCUUAAGAUCACUCUGGAUAACUCCUACAUGGAGAAAUGUGAUGAGAACAUCCUAUGGCUGGACUACAAGAACAUUUGCAAAGUGGUGGAAGUGGGUAGCAAGAUUUAUGUGGAUGAUGGACUUAUUUCUCUGCUGGUGAAGGAAAAAGGUGCUGACUUUCUGGUGACAGAGGUGGAAAAUGGUGGCUCCUUGGGCAGCAAGAAGGGUGUGAACCUUCCUGGGGCUGCUGUGGACCUGCCUGCAGUGUCAGAAAAGGACAUCCAGGAUCUGAAGUUUGGGGUUGAGCAGGAUGUAGACAUGGUGUUUGCAUCUUUCAUCCGCAAAGCAUCUGAUGUCCAUGAAGUUAGGAAGAUCCUGGGAGAGAAAGGAAAGAACAUCAAGAUUAUCAGCAAAAUUGAGAAUCACGAAGGAGUUCGAAGAUUUGAUGAGAUCCUGGAGGCCAGCGAUGGGAUCAUGGUGGCUCGUGGUGAUCUAGGCAUUGAGAUUCCUGCAGAGAAGGUCUUCCUUGCUCAGAAGAUGAUGAUUGGGCGGUGCAACCGAGCUGGGAAGCCUGUCAUCUGUGCUACACAGAUGCUGGAGAGCAUGAUCAAGAAGCCCCGCCCCACCCGGGCGGAGGGCAGUGAUGUGGCCAAUGCAGUCCUUGAUGGAGCCGACUGCAUCAUGCUGUCUGGAGAAACAGCCAAAGGGGACUACCCUCUGGAGGCUGUUCGCAUGCAGCACCUGAUUGCCCGUGAGGCAGAGGCUGCCAUCUACCACUUGCAAUUAUUUGAGGAGCUCCGCCGCCUGGCGCCCAUUACCAGCGACCCCACAGAAGCCGCCGCCGUGGGUGCUGUGGAGGCAUCCUUCAAGUGCUGCAGUGGGGCCAUUAUCGUGCUCACCAAGUCUGGCAGGUCUGCUCACCAGGUAGCCAGAUACCGCCCACGUGCUCCCAUCAUUGCCGUGACACGGAAUCCCCAGACAGCUCGCCAGGCCCACCUGUACCGUGGCAUCUUCCCUGUGGUGUGUAAGGAUCCAGUCCAGGAUGCCUGGGCUGAGGAUGUGGACCUCCGAGUGAACUUGGCCAUGAAUGUUGGCAAGGCUCGAGGCUUCUUCAAGAAGGGAGAUGUGGUCAUUGUGCUGACUGGAUGGCGCCCUGGCUCUGGCUUCACCAACACCAUGCGUGUAGUACCUGUGCCAUGAUGAUCCCUGGAUCCCCUUCUGCCCCUGCCCUAUCCCCUUCCCCAACCCAUCCAUUAGGCCAGCAAUGCUUCUAGUGCUCACUCUAGGCUGUAGUGUGGCACUGGUGGGCUGGGACACCAGGGAAGAUUAAGUCUGUUUUUAGACCCUGCUCGAGUGGGAUAGCCAGAGCCUGGCUGCAUCAUGUGGUCCCACCCAAAAGGGGGCAAAAGAGGAACGUAAGACUGGAGGCUUCCAGAGCUAUGGAGAAAAGGUGACAACUCCUUCUCCUCUAGUUAGUUCCUAUAGAGAGUGGAUGCCCAGAGAACUCCUAGCCCUGGCCUGGGGUCAGGAGACAGCCAGCUGGGGUAGGAGCUUAAGGUGUAGGGCAGUGAUUCCAGUGUAUGCAAACGGACCCUGACACUUAUUUGCUUCCCCAACUGCCUCAGCCUCCCCCACUCCACCUUGUUGUGCACUGUGUUGUUCUCCUGCACUCCACUGGGCUGAUGUUCGUGCUGCAGAAAAACGCUCCACCCCCUGCCUUCCAUUUUCCCCACACUGCAGCCACCUCCAGGCCUGUUGCUAUAGAGCCUACCUGUAUGUCAAUAAACAACAGCUGAAGCA